UUAUAUUUAUGUUAACUCUUCUAAAGCGAUCAAUAUAAUAUAUUCCUCGCUUUACCUAUCAUCCAAAUGUAAUAGAUCACUAUGAAAAUCCAAGAAAUGUAGGAUCUCUUGAUAAAAGUAAUCCAAAGGUUGGAACAGGAUUAGUUGGUGCACCAGCAUGUGGAGAUGUUAUGAAAUUAUAGAUCUAAGUUGGGGAAGAUGGUAAAACUAUUGAAUAAGCUGUUUUUAAAGUAAUAAUAUAUAAUUAUCUAAAUUCCUAGACAUUUGGAUGUGGUUCAGCCAUAGCCUCUAGUUCUUAUGCUACAGAAAUUCUUAAAGGAAUGACAUUAGAAGAAGCAUAUAAUAUAAAGAAUUCUGAUAUUGCAAGUUAUUUAAAAUUACCACCUGUUAAAUUACAUUGCAGUAUGCUAGCAGAAGAUGCCAUCAAAAAAGCCAUAGAAGAUCUUUAAUCCAAGAAUAAUUAAUCAACAGGAAAUUAAGAUAAAUGAUACAUUUUUAAGAUAACAUUUUUAUAAAGUGAUUCAAUUACUA